CACCUGCACCAUAGCAAAAAAACCUCCUCUUGAGACCCAAAAAUAUAACAAACAGAGAAGAAAAUGUGUGGCGGUGCUAUUAUUUCCGAUUUUGCCCCUCUCGUCACCAAGGCCAAGGGUCGUAAACUCACGGCGGAGGAACUCUGGUCAGAGCUCGAUGUUUCCGCUGGUGACAACUUCUGGGGUUUCGAUUCCACCUCCAAGUUUCAUCCCACCAACCAAGUUAACGUGAAAGAGGAGGCGGCGAAGAAGGAGCCGGCGACGACGGAGAAGCGGAGGAAGAGGAAGAAUGUUUAUAGAGGGAUAAGGAAGCGGCCAUGGGGAAAAUGGGCGGCGGAGAUUCGAGAUCCUCGAAAAGGUGUCAGAGUCUGGCUUGGGACGUUCAACACGGCGGAGGAAGCUGCCGUGGCUUACGACGUAGCGGCGAAGCGGAUCCGCGGUGAUAAAGCCAAACUCAACUUCCCAGAUCUGAGUCAUCAUCCUCCUCCUCUUCCUCCGCAGGUGUUGUCAUCACCCUCCGUGUCAUUAACUGAUCAUCAGCCUCCGGCGAAGAAGCUGUGCGUUGUAUCUCAGAGCGAGUUAAUAACUCAGCCGAGUUACCCGGUGGAGUGCGUUGGGUUUGGGAACGGGUUUGAGACUGAUUACGAUCUGAAACAGCAGAUAUCGAGCUUGGAGUCGUUCCUUGAGCUGGACGCUACCACGGCGGAUGAGCAGCUGAGUAGACUCGAUGAGUCGGUUUCCGAGGUGGAUAUGUGGAUGCUUGAUGAUGUCAUCGCGUCGUAUGAAUGAAAUGAAGUAAUAAGCUUUUAAAAAAAAAUUGAAAUAAAGAUUGUAUAAUACUAUGUAAUGUAACAGCCGUUACUUUACUUGUUAAGGUUUUUACCGUUACAUUACAAGCAAUGCAACCGCUGAUGAUGUCUGAUGUCUCAUGUCUCAUGUCUGGCUGUGUGUAAUGUUGUGACUCAAAUCGUGCGUUAUAUUACGGUUUGUGGUAUUGUUAUUCUCUAUUAUGGAAACCUUACAUAUAUAUUGUAAUGUAGAUAACAACUUUUAAAACA